CCCCCCCGCCCCCCCCGUUCCGCUUCCAGGUACCUCCAGGCUCCAGCCCGCCGAUCGGUGCGCUCCACACAUGGUUCUCCUCCGGCACAUCUCCAUCGCCCUGACCGCCGCCGUGGCCGCCCUGGGCUCCGCUCUCUUCAUCGCCUUGAACUUCUUCUACAAGAGGCGGAUAUGGUCUCCGCAGGCGGAAUACUGCACGAUCAAAGAGGAGGAGGAGGAGCGCGGCAAGCGCAAGGUCCUGGUCCUCGGUCUGGACGGCGCCGGGAAGAGCAGCAUGUUGCAGGGUCUGACUCCCGGGGAGUCGGCGGCUAAGAGGCGCCGCUGCCGGCCCACCCGCGGCUUCAACUUCAUGAGCCUCAACGCCCCCGCCUGUCAGCUGGACUUCCUGGAGAUCGGCGGCGGGGAGGACCUGCGGCGGUACUGGUCGGACUACCUGAGGAAGACUCACGUUCUGGUGUACGUGGUGGACUCCUCUGACAGGAGCCGCCUCCCACUGGCGAAGGCCGAACUGCACCGCCUGCUGAGGGUGCAGCCACAGCUGCCCGUGGUCGUCCUGGGAAACAAGCAGGAUAAGCCCGACGCUGUGAGCGUGUCGGAGCUGCAUGAAGCCUUGUCUCUGGACUCCGUGACCGAGGACAGGAAGCUGUUCCUCUUGGCCGCCCAGCUGGGCUCUGAUGAGACAGAGAAGAACUCCUGCCGGGGCCUGGACACCUUCCAGGACCUGCUGCUCCAGCUCGUCUGACCUCACCCCCCCCCACACACACUCCCAGAGCAGAAAUGUAGGAUGAUGGAGGGAUGGAAACAAAGCGAUGGCGUAAAGCAAUCUCCCUGGUCCUCUCCCUCCUCAUCGUUAACGCUCUGGCGUAUUUGAAGGCAGAAGAGGAAGAUGACGAAGGCGGCGGGGAGUGUGGCAGAGAAAUCCCUGAAGAAGAUGCCGAGAAGGAGCGCAAAAAGCCUUCGCGUUGCCUCCUCGUCUUCCUCCUCGUCUUCCUUCCUCGCCCCUUUUCCAAUCACGUCGGUUUGUUUUUAGAAAAUCCUUCAGCUCAUCUCGUCGGACAGCUUUCCUCCGACUCGUCUUACUCACCGGAGAAGAGGAGGACAGAAGGAGGAAGGUUUGACUCGCUGACUCCUUCAAGUGGGCUAUUCUGAUAUCCAAGUGGAUUUUAAUGAGGGGAUUUAAAGGGACCUGUGUUAUUUUUCUCGUCAAAAUGAUUGCCAGGUUGCGGGAGAAAGUUUCUUCUCUUUUCCACGACUCUCCUCACGAGUAAGUAUUGUAAGCUCCUCCCCUUUUAAAGCGAUUCCUAUUCGGUUUGCCCGUUUUGUCCCAACAAAAACGUCACAAAUUACAGUUGCAUUUCUCACAUAUCAGCCAAAUAGGCAGAACUAUGUACACCUAAUAAUCGCAUAGCAUUCGUGGAUGGAAACAAGCACACAUUUGCUUUUUGCUUUUAACAAUUUUCUCAACAUUUGUAAUACAUUUGGUUGGAAUCUUGGCUUCAAACAUGAACUCGUAUGCAGUGAAACACAUAUCCUUGAAUGUAUGACGAAGUGAAGUGCUGUAUUUGAGUGAAAUCUACCUGUAAACAUCAACUGGAAUUAGCUAGAAUCUGAUUUUUAACGAGUUGUAUUCCUUUUGAUGUUCUGUAAUUCUGCAGUAAUGUUGUUUUCACAGUUCAGUGGUUGUACAUUGUCAUUCUUGUUUUAUGUGUCGUGUAAAUUGGAAUUGUCAGGUAGUGAUUUAUGCACGUUAUGUUUUGCUAUUCUCUUUUAAACGUUAUUAAUGUGCCGGCUGCAGUUUCUUACAGAAAGUGUUAUUUAAAAUUUUUUUUUUAAUGGUUUAUUUAAUAAGGUACAUUGCACAUUGAUAAAAACAUUGCAGUAAAUGUGCCAGUUAGCCAAGAGGCUAUUUUUCAUCUGUAGUCCCAGUUAAUUUGGGUUAUUCAAGACUUAAAUGGAAACUCCACCGAUUUUACAUAUCAAAGUGUUUUUUCAUCUUGCUGGGGAAAUAUUACUGAGUAUAUGAGUACAAAGAACCCAGUAAGUCUGAUACAUGUCAUCAAGUGAUGUCACUUGAGUCAGCGUCAGUUGGGCCUAAAAUAUCUUUUGGAGAUGAGUUAGAAAGAAGCGAGUUCAUCUCUCGACCCUCGAUGCUACGUGUGCCGCGACUAGCGCCUCCGCAACGGAAUCUCCGAGUUGCAUUGUGGGUAAUGUAGGCGUCAGGAAGAAAAAUGCAUGUAAUUCAAAAAAUCGUGCCUCGAUGCUUUUUUUCGUGAGUGCAACAAUGUUUUAGGAGUUAGAUUCGACGUCAGUCUGUAAUGAAGUAGUGUAGAUUUUUUAAAAAGAAUCGUAAUCUCGUUAAGAUUCAAAUCUAUUUUGCAUGGAAUGCCGGAUGGGGGUACAACUGGACAUAUAUGGAGAGAAGACAUGUCAAUAAACAUAGUUACGUACUCAA